CCCAAAUAUGUUGCCUUCCACUCUCAGUAAGUAACAGAUGGAUCGUGGAUUCUAAAACAGGACAACAUGUGAAGUUACAGUGCGCGAAUUGGCCAUCUCAUAUGAGUGUCAUGUUGGCAGAAGGAUUAGACAAGCAACCCAUAAAGCAUAUUAUAUUACAAUUGCACAAUCUGAAGUUGAAUUGCGUGCGCCUCACAUGGGCCACUUACAUGUUCACUCGUUACUCCAACAACACUGUUCAACAAACUCUUGAUUCACUUGGUUUGGCAAAUACUAAAGCUGGCAUCACUGAACACAACCACGAUGUUCUCACUAUGACUCACCCUCAAGCUUAUGUUUAUGUCGUGGAUCAGCUUGCUGCUCAGAACAUAAUGAUCAUUUCUGAUAACCAUAUCAGUGAACCUAAGUGGUGUUGUGCCCCUGAUGAUGGUAAUGCUUUCUUUGGAGACACCAGUUUUGAUCCCAAAGAAUGGCUUCAAGGGCUUUCCAUGGCCGCUCAGUUAUUGAAGGACAAACCCAAUGUGGUGGUAAUGAGCUUGAGAAAUGAGCUACGAGGUCCACUUCAAAACACUAAUUCUUGGUAUGGGAAUAUGACCCAAGGAGCACAAACUGUUCAUCAAGGGAACCCAAACGUGGUAGUCCUCAUUUCAGGUUUCUACAACGACAAUGACCUGAGCUUUUUAAAGGACAAGCCAUUGAACCUAACUUUUAAGGAUAAGUUGGCAUACGAGGUACAUGCUUACACUGUUUCAGGUGAGCCUAAAAAUUGGAGCAACCAAUCAGCGAACUAUCUUUGUGGGAAAGUGAACAAUGAGUUAAACUCUCAUGCUGGGUUUCUAACAACUAGCUCUAAUCCUGCUCCUCUUUUGAUGACUGAAUAUGGGAUUCCAUUGUCACCAAAUAGAACAGAACCUGAUGAAAGAUGGUUGACUUGUGUUUUAGCGUACCUUGCUGUGAAUGACUUAGGUUGGGGUUGGUGGGGACUCCAAGGUAGUUAUUAUCUCAGAGAAGGCAAUGUCAACCCAGGAGAGUCUUAUGGUUUGGUAGACUUCCAAUGGAAGAAACCUAGUUACCCAGAGUUCCCUAACAGAUUCCAGCUAGUACUCAAAACACUUCAAGAUCCAAGCUCAAAGGAGGCCAUGUCAAGCAUAUUUUAUCAUCCACAAACUGGUCAAUGCAUGAAAAGUAGGAAGCUUGGUGAUCAAGUGGAAGUGAAUGAAUGUAAAAGGGUGAGUGGGUGGAGUCUAAAUGGGACACAGAUCAAAUUUCAGAGCAGACGGAAAGUUAAGUGUUUGAAGGCAAAUGGAGAUGGGAAUCCAGUGUUGCUCACAAAAGAUUGCUCUAAUACAAACCAAACGUCAUGGAAACCCAUAACAGAGUCUGGCAUGCACUGGGCUACCGUAGAUGCACAAGGCAACCAAUUAUGCUUGCAAAAAGAUGCUAACUCGUCAACCAUCUUGACUGCAAAAUGCAUUUGUGCGGAUUCCAAUUCUUCAUGUAUGGACAAUCCUCAAAGCCAGUGGUUUCAAUUUGUUUCAAGUAAUGUUAAGUGAUUGGAUUCAGUUUAAUACAUAAUGCGGUUUAGCUUUGGUGAUACAGUUAAUUUCAAGUUGUAAUUAGCGCCUAAUAAUAUUAUGUUUGUUUCCAUGUUUGGACCAA